CUCUUCGGUUCAGUCUGUACGAAUCUUAUCGUUCUAUUUGCUGUGAGCCAUGUCUUGUGCUUCGUCUACGCUGCUUCUGCCGUCGCUCACUCCUAAAACCCUAGCCGUCUGCGACUACAAAACCCCUUCACUCUCUUUCUUCACCCUCUCUUCUUCUCUAGUCAAGCUCCAUGCCAAGCCCAUUUCGGUGUCUCCAUCAUUUCUUCGUUCGGCGAGGGCGCUCGGUUCCGAAACCUCCUCGUCCCGUUUCGUUCUAAAAGUUUCCGUUUCGUCGGAUGUAGAACAGGAAGAAGAAGAGCAGGAGGUGUUCAGCAAUGAGGGCGAGCCGAGCUUUUCUCCUGACCUUAAACUCUUCGUAGGCAACCUCCCCUUCGGCGCGGAUAGUGCAGCUCUCGCUGGGUUAUUUGAACGAGCCGGAAAUGUUGAGAUGGUCGAGGUUAUUUAUGACAAAGUAACCGGGAGAAGCAGAGGCUUUGGUUUUGUUACAAUGUCCACUGUUGAGGAGGUCGAAGCAGCAGCCCAGCAAUUCAAUGGCUAUGAAUUCGAGGGGAGGCCAUUGAGAGUGAAUUUUGGACCGCCUCCUCCUCGUAAGGAAGAUUCGUAUUCUAGAGGGCCUAGAGGUGGGGCAAGUUUUGAUGAUGCCAACCGGGUUCAUGUGGGUAACCUUGCAUGGGGUGUUGAUGAUUUAGCACUUGAGACCUUGUUUAGCGAGCAAGGAAAGGUUAUGGAAGCCAAGGUGGUUUAUGACAGGGAGAGUGGUAGAUCAAGGGGUUUUGGAUUUGUAACUUACAGUUCUGCAGAUGAGGUCAACAGUGCAGUUGAAUCAUUAAAUGGAGCUGACCUGAAUGGUAGGUCAAUUCGAGUAUCGGUGGCAGCAUCUAAGAGACGUUAGUUUUGAUUCUUGAAUCUUGUGUAGGUCACCCGACCAGGAAAGAACGUAAGGUAAGUUGAGGCAAAAGGGUUGAAUUGUUUGCCUUCAUUCCUCUUUUAUCCAAGCAUUUCUAGUUUUUCAUAGCUCUAGUCUUCAGGUCUGUUGCUUUCCCUCAAUGGAUUUAUCAAAGGAUGAACAAGUUUUUUGUUUUUAUGUUUUUGUUUUUGUUUUUGUUUUUUUCUCCAGAUUCCCUUGAUACUGUAUUGACGCAGGUUAAAAACUAAUACUCUUUAUAACAGGAAUUUUAGUACCUGUGCAGUUCGUCAAAUUUGAACUUCUUCCUCGAAUUGCAUGUGCAGCAGGCUGUGGCGGUGAACUUGUGUUUUCAAUAUCUGCUUUAGAUUAGAAAGAGCUGAUAAAUAUGUGCUGAUAUUUCAAAAUGCAUGUUUUGAAUGCUGCGAUUCUGAUUAAGACUUUUAGUUGUAUCUUAUAAUUUGAGUGAGAAUUAUCAAAACUUUUUGUCUUCUAUAUUUGUGCAAGGAGAAUGUGAUUGUUGAAUGAUUUGCAGGAAA